AUUUCAAAUAUUUCAAAUUAAAAUACAUCUGGCCAUCUAAAAUCCAUUAAUAGCCCAAAUCUCUCUCUCCCGAAUGCAUGCACACACUGCUUGGGCGUGUUUGGACUAAACGACAUAUUAUGCAGGCCAAAUUAUUUUACUUUAAACAUUUAAUAAUUAUUUAAUAAUUGUAUUUUUAUUAUUUGUUUUAAUUACAGAUCUGCUUCUCAGUCAGAACCUGGCAACACCAAAUCUGUUUUAAUGCAUCAUAUCUAACAAUAAUUCAGUGAAGACUUGGAAACAUCUGUGACACGCACUUUUUUUUUUUUUUUUUUUUUUUUUUUUUUUUGUGAUUAUAUAUAGUUGUCUUAAAGUUCUUCAGCAUGUCACAGAAGGCAUCAUCCACAACAUGCAUUAAGGCAAAGAAAUGUGUGAUGCAGCUGUUUCCUUCAGAAUGAAAGCAAAUGCUUAUCAUGUUCUACUUAAAAGAGAGAAGCCUAAUUUUUCAGGGCUACAGGAAGUGGUGUACUCUGAAAGUGUACUGUGAAAAAACAUUUAGAUGUUGGUUUCAUAAAAAAAACACACAUACAAAACAACAACAACAAAACAAAAACAAAAAUAAUGUAUCAGAGCGAAAUUAACCAGUUAUUGACCGGUUACCAACAUUUAAAAUGAACAUUUUCACUCUGGAACAAUUGAAAAGGACUUCGUACCCGUUUUAGGUUACGUUCAGCAAAAAAAUAAAAAAAUAAAAUAAAAAUAAAUUCAUUGUUUUUGUUCCUUGGAAUGUUUUCAGUCCCUGCUACAGAAUAUUGACCUGUUUCAAUGACGUCACUUUUUCCGCGCAGUCGCCAUAUUUGUGACCAUCAGCGGUAGGAAACAAUGGUGGUGAAUGGACAAAUACCCGUGAAACGAUAUCAAGAAUAACAUCAAAAAUAGCUUUUGAUCCAUGGCAAGUCCCAGGAAUAUUUCAUACGUGUCUGAAGACAGCACAAUUAUAGCCAAUUAUAUUGGACUUUCAUAGACAUUUACAUGUAUUUUAUCCACGAUUCCUCUCCGUAGGCCGGCGGGUCUGAUGUGUGACUGAUAAGUACACACGGCCACCAGUAGGUUACCAUAAACAUCUCUCAUUCAGACCUUACAAAUGGUUUGUGUUGUUUUCAGGUCUGAUUUGGUCACAGUAUUACAAAACACCUGUGAUGAUCUUGUCUGUAUGAAUGUAAGAGCUGCGUUUAACUCCUGAAGAACGCUUUUGUCACAUCCCACAGCAUAGCACAUUGAAGGUAUAUGGAAUUUUGGUCACAAACAUGGGGCGGUCACACAGUGAUGUCACAUGAAACAGGUCAAUACUGCACUGCCAUGUGAUGAUGUAAUCCAAAUGGUGUGUAUUAAAGGUGUACUCUUAAGAAUUUUUUUUUUUCCAUAUCACUAUCCAUGACUGAGAAAAAGAAACAAUCCUUUAUUACAGUUAACCAUGGUUUUACUACAGUACUAAAUACAUAAAACCAUGAUUAUUUUUAGUAAGAGCCUGCAUAGGUAAUAUGAUAUGCCGAUAUUCAUAAUUUUGUCUGGGUUCUGAGCAUUACUGGUGUAUAUACACGCAUGCAUGCUCCAUUCGUCCUACCUCUUCUAAAAAUAUAUAGUUAAAGGCUACAGCUGAAAGGGCAGCAAAACACCAGAAUGAGCCGUUGACAAAACAGCUGCCAUAUUUCCGAGAGUGACAAAGCUCAGCAUUCAGGCCGGACUGGUCUGCUGUGCUGCUGCUGCACCUCCUGAAUAAUGAAUGAGUGAGUGACGCGCACAUUGCGGCUCUCUCUGCGGCUCUAGAACAGGCGGGGUCACGCAUGCUUAUGACGCGGCAGUGACGCGCAUGCAGGAGUUUUAAUCCUCUGCCGCAGCAGCAGAUCAGCCGGUAACGCGAAGAGGGGGAUGCGCGGUCGGUCGGACGGACAGGUAGAACGGCUAAAAAAAAAAAAAAAGCCGCAGACGAUUAAAUGCGAGCGCAAAUAUAUAUAGAGAAUAAAAAGGCGACCGACUCGACCGAAAGCUCCUCCUCUCUCGCUCCAAACAGGCUAUAGGAAGUUCCAGGACACUGUGCAUUCUCGUAUUGUUCUUGACAGGGCCUGGGAAUACGAAAGCUGGCGUUUUUUCCGGACGCAAAUAAAUGGGUGAUUACGGGUUCGGCUUGUUGCAGACAGCGAACAUCAGCAGCGGCACGACACUGUUCGGUGGAGGCGCGUUCACACCCUAUUCUCCGGUGCGCCCCUGCGGCUCGCCUCUGGUAUCCCCUCUAUUCCCGUCACAUCAGCGCAACAUGCAGGAUGAGCCUGCGGGGUUGACAGCCUCUCAGUCCAGCGAGACCAGCAGCAGCAGCAGCAGCGCCGAUCACGAUCUGAGCCAUUUCUCCGCUCUAGGUCAAGCGCAGACAGUCGGUGACCUUCAGCACGACCGGGACAUACAUCAGCAGGCUGAGCCGCCGCAGCCGCAACAGUCCUACUCAUCCGCGGGCCUCGAUACCAAUGCGCCAUCGCCCGUGAAUCCCAAUAAGGUCAGGAUCCAAAUGGAGUCACCCAGCGCCCACCAUAUCACCAACGCAAAUGGAACCGGUGGCAAUAACAUGCUCGGAUCCGCUUUUGCGAACCUCCCCCAUCAGGAGAUGCAGAUCCCCGGGGGCGGCGGCGGUGGCUCGGCUUCCCCCACCCUGCCCGGUUUCGGAACGCCGUGGUCCGUUCAGACGAACUCCCCGCCUCCACCCGUCUCCAGUUCCGCCAACGCAAUAAACCCGAUACCCGCCACCGAACCUGACAACUUCUUCCAUGGCAUCCCGUCCUCUAUCAACCCCGGCUUCUUCCAAAGCUUUUCGCCCAAUCCGUGCCCAGUGCAGGGCUUCAGCAGUAGCUUCUCUCCCCAGAUGAACGUGCCCCCUCAGCAGCCGCAGAGCCGCCGGUCCCCGGUCAGCCCGCAGAUGCCCCCGCAGCAGGGCGCCUUUCUGCAGCAGCGGAACAACUAUAACCACCACCAGCCCAUGAUGAAGCAGUCUCCAUGGGGUAACCACCAGGGCGGCGGCUGGAACUCUGGCGGGAUGUCCUGGGGUAGAGACCACCGGCGUGGGGGUGGCAUGGGUGUACCCGGCUCAAUAUCUCCCAUGAAGAAACCUUUCUCCAGCAACAUCAUCGCUCCGCCGAAAUUUCCCCGCUCCGCUGGCUCCCUGGGACCAAAGUCCUGGAUCGAAGAAAAUAUGUUCCGUACCGACAACAACAGCAACACACUGCUGCCCCUGCAGGAUCGGUCCAGGAUGUACGAUAGUCUGAACAUGCACUCGCUUGAGAGUUCCCUGAUUGACAUCAUGAGGGCAGAGCAGGACCCUUUGAAGGGCCGUGUGGGAUGUCCCCACCCAGGUGUUGACGGCCUACUCAUGCUCAAUGCCAGGAGCUAUGGGAGACGACGAGGACGCUCCUCCCUCUUCCCCAUUGACGACGGUCUCCUUGACGACAGCCACGGCAACCAGGGUAUCCCGGGAGUCCUGGGGUCUCCUCACUGUUACCCCCAUCAGAACGGGGAACGCAUCGAGAGGUUCUCCCGCAAAGUGUUUGUUGGCGGCCUACCCCCAGACAUUGAUGAAGAUGAAAUCACAAGCAGUUUUAGACGCUUUGGUCACCUGAUUGUUGAUUGGCCACACAAAGCUGAGAGCAAGUCUUACUUUCCUCCUAAAGGUUACGCCUUCCUCCUGUUUCAAGAGGAGACCUCAGUUCAGGCCCUGAUUGAAGCCUGUUUGGAGGAGGAUGGGAAACUCUACCUGUGUGUGUCAAGCCCCACCAUCAAAGACAAGCCUGUCCAGAUUCGUCCAUGGAAUCUGAGUGACAGUGAUUUUGUGAUGGACGGAUCUCAGCCGCUGGACCCUCGCAAGACCAUCUUUGUCGGAGGAGUGCCACGUCCACUCAGAGCAGUGGAGCUGGCCAUCAUCAUGGACCGCUUGUAUGGUGGGGUGUGUUACGCAGGUAUUGACACUGAUCCAGAACUGAAGUACCCAAAGGGGGCGGGGCGUGUGGCCUUCUCCAAUCAGCAGAGCUACAUCGCUGCCAUCAGCGCCCGUUUCGUCCAGCUGCAGCAUGGAGACAUCGACAAACGGGUGGAGGUGAAACCGUACGUGUUGGACGACCAGCUAUGUGACGAAUGUCAGGGUGCACGUUGCGGCGGAAAGUUUGCCCCGUUCUUUUGCGCUAACGUCACCUGCCUGCAGUAUUACUGCGAGUUCUGUUGGGCGAACAUCCACUCCCGUGCCGGCCGCGAAUUCCACAAGCCGCUCGUGAAAGAGGGAGCCGACCGUCCUCGCCAGAUCCACUUCCGAUGGAACUAAAGAUUGGAAUUCAGGGAGAGCCAAGAAUGCUAGCAUGCAAGACGUCACAGAAACAACAUGUCUGCAGUGGAAAAAGAGUUGCUUUGUUUGUUGGCCCUUAAACCCAAGCUGUCAGUAUAGACUUAUGUGACCAUAUACAGUAUAUAGAGAUUAUAUAUGACUAUAAAUAUAAAAAUAUAUCUUUAUCUUUUGUAGCAGCCAGAAACACUACAAGCCUCAGUUUAUUUCACCAAACCACUUCUUUCUUCUCCCUCCAUGCACAUCUCAGGCUCAGAACAGCGUUUUUGUGGUACUUUCAUGUUUUUUUAAAAGGAGAUUAAGAAAAAAAGAGAUUAAUUUUUGUAGUUUUUUUCAAAUUAUUUUUAUAUGUGAGAUUUAAAAAGUAGAAACGAGAAUGUUUUCGCUUGGGGCGGGGGGGCAGCCUGUCCGUUCUGUUCGUUCAUUUGUUUGUCUGUGUGUUUGUCUGCUGCUAAAUCCCACCCCCCCCUCCAGUGGGCAAAGUGGGCAGUUGUCUCUGGAAAAACAUUGAUAACCUAAUCUCUGAUGCCUGGCCUGUUUCUCGAACCAAAGGUAGCAAAACAUGCGGCCUGAAAAAGAGACAUUUCUGCCGCGGAAUAAUUAAAAUAAAAAUUUAAAAAACAUCAUAUUUUCCCCUCUUCUUUUGUUUCGAUGUGCUCCAAUGUGCUCUUAGCAGGAAUAGGAAUGAUUCAAUAAUUAAUUACUGAGACUUUCCAUUUUCCACUGGCAAAAAAAAAGAUAAUACCUCAGAAUAUUAAAUCUGGCUUGUUAUUGCUCUACUCUUGCAAUUUAAUCACAAGCUAUAGAAGCUUUGCUGCUAUAUAGGAUAUACCGAAUAGAUAGUGUAGGUGUUCUGUGUGAUGCCAUUGUGAUGCCAAUGGUGAUUUCGCAAACAGAAGUGAAGUCUGUACCAUCUCAAAAAGGCAUGGCUGAUCGUCGCCAUGGAAACACAGAAUGUGAAAACUUGCGUGCAUGUUUGUGGUUGUACAUCAUUUGCAUGCAGUGUAAAAGUUAAGAGCACAUAAAAGAAAAGAUAAAAAACAAACAAAACAUGAUGCAUAUUAACGAUAAACAGAGGAAUUUAUGUAGCAUGAGGCAAAAAAGGUCAGACUCUUAGAUAUAAGAUAAUAAAUAAUAACGAAAGUAAAACAAACAGUGUAAAAUCAUUCGUAAAAAAACAUUUGCAUGCAUUGUUGUGAUGAUUCCUUUACGAACUUAUUACGAGAGAAAUUACGUUAGUUUUUAGAGUAGUGAGUUCUGCCAUUUUGUAACUCGAUAAUUAGUCAAGAGACGGUGUGCUGUCCUGUGGUUUUUGUGUCUUGUCUUCGUGCCGUGUGAGUCUAGUUAUGAAUUGAGGUUUCCCUUCGGUUUAUCGACAUUUAAACUUUGCCCUUCCUGUACACCCCUGAACACCGCCCCCCUCCACCGCCCCUCUUAUUAAGAUAGUCACUCGAGCGACGUGUUCUGUCGUGGAAAAAGAAUGUAGAAGGCACAUUCUACACUCUUGUUGUCGUCUAUUUACGUAGAUAUAGGAAUUCAUGCAAAAGGUUCUAGACGAAAUCGUAAUUGUGACAAUUGUCUGUGUGUGGGCCAAGCUUAGUCGUACGUUUAGUAGAUUCUCUGGACAAACAAUUAUCGGUAAAUACUAGGAAUAGACAUGAACGGAGAAAAGAGAGGAGAGAGAUUUUCCAAAAGGAACCCUUUUGUCAGGUUUUCGUAGAAUAGUUUUGUAGCGUAACGUCCGUAUUGAGAUUCGUUUUCAGAGGAAUCAGAGGAUUCUCUGUGUUUGAUCAGUCUUUUGGACAAUCUAUACAGAAGCAAUGGAUGCUGGUGCCGAAACCAGUCAUUUGGUACUGUACUGCUAUUUCUAUUUGUCUGUCUGCUCUUGCAUUCUUUUUUGCACUCUAUAUAUCCGAAGAAAUCGGUUCGGAUGUGUAAUUUAACCUUUCAAGUGUCAACAGUGAGCUGAGAUUGUAUGUUUUAUUUAUUGCAUAUUUGUAUUUUUAAGUAUUUAUUUCUUGACGUCGGCUAUUCCCAGACUUUCAAAUCUUGAAUCACUUUCUAGGACGUGAUGCACUACCCUUGUGUAUCCCCUCUCUCCUCUCCUUUCUUCACUGAGAAAAGCAAUCCCACUUUCCCAAGCAGUCCGGCCCGCCAACGACGUUUGGACUCGAACGCAAAACAAAAAUCUCUUUUGUUUUGUAUCACAUCAUGUUUUUUUUUUGUUCACUCUUUCACUCUUGAAGAAUUACAACCUAUUUUAAGUCUAUCGGAUAAUUUAAAUAUCUUUAUUUUUUACAUAGUAACUUAUUUGAUGUAUUGUGUAAGACGCUGGACCCAGAGUCUGUUUAAAUGAUAUAGGUAAUCUAACGUGUAAUCGGAUGAAAUAGCGAAGGUGUUUCUGGGACCUUGUCAACGCCACGACGUGUGGAAUACGUGAAUCAUUAUCCCAUCAAAAUGACAAAAAAUGUUGUGUGAUGAUCUUGUUCUGAACAAGAUGGCCGCUAUAUUGUUUGUCAUCUACACCUUUUAACACCUGUCUCGUGAUGAGUACUGUGUUCUGUUUUCUGUGUUCAACAUUGUUGCUUUGUACAUGUAUGUGUGGGUUUUCGUAAUCGUCAUUUUUUAAAAAACAAAUCGUAUUUAUUUGACUAUUUAAAUUUUAUUUUUCUAUUUCCAUAAAGGUCUGACACUCACUUUAUUUCCCAACGUAUUUAUGGUCGUGUCGACAUGAAAGACGUAAAACCCUGUUUUUCUUGAAACACCCGUGCAGUUACGUGUAAAUGAAUCUAUUUAUGUAUUAUUGCUUAGCACACAUGGAUUUGAUUACUGUUUAAGUUGGUCGUUUAUUUUAUUUGAAGGAAGGAAACAUUGAGGGUUCUACUAUGUUCAUGGAAAACACUUGAGACUUUCCCCGUUUAAAUGGAGGGGUAUCAGCCCUCCCCUCACUGAUACUCAGAAACUUGAAUAUAACACAUUUUGAAAGGCUUACUAACCUCGAAUCUGUGUUGUGACGUGCAAUACUGUUUCUAAUGUUUGUAUAAAAAAGUAAGAAUUGCAGUGUAUACCUUUUUAAUGCAGAUUUAUUUUUUUCAUUGCAUAUUUUGCAAAUUUCUGAUUCACAGUGUCAUUUUUUACUGUCAGAAAAGAUGAAACCCCUUUUUUUCAUUGCAACUAUUUUUAAAUCCAGAUAUCUUUGUACUGAUGUAAAUGAUUGUAGUUAUUUUGGAUAGUGUUUUGCUAACAAAAGGAGAAACUUUUUCAUGCAUAUUUCUAUUUCUUUUUUGUUUGUUUUUGUUUUUAUUUUACUCUGAUAGUGGCAAAAUAUUUGGGAUAAUUUUUCAUAUUAUAUGUCAUUAAUAUUAUUUUGUAUUUUUAUGUGGAAAUUUAUGAAUAUAUAAUUUUAUGAUGCUAACUGCUAAAAUAUUAUUUCGAUUCGAAUUAUUUUUAAAGCUAAAAUCUUUGUAAAAUUGUUAAUGUUCUAGUUUCUAAAUCAAGUUUGUGUAUAGAUUCACACAAGUGGUUUAUGAAGUGUUCCGACUGUAAUUAUUACUGAAUGGCUCUUUGAUAUGCAAACUGAAUAUCAUGUUGUUCUUUAUUUUGAUUUGUUUUGUAUUUAAAUGGGGUGUUGAUUACAAUCUUUUUCUUUCAUUCCCUGAAUAAAGACCCAUUCUGUUCAGACACAA